AUGCCAUCUAAAGGCGUCCUCUGCUUCUCCUACCUUGCCGUCCCCGGCACCUCCAUCGAAUUCAGCGUCCCCAAAAACUCCACCACAAACUCCUCUCUCCAUAACUAUGAAACCACCCACCUUGAAGUCGAAUCCUCCAAUCUCCCACACUUCAAGUUCACAGGCCGUUUCCAAUUCACUGUGAAACGCGACGGCCAGGACCUGAACACCCAAUGGGUCGACAUCAACAGCGCGACGGGCAAGCUCGGCGACGGUACGCUCAUGACCAUGGACCAGACAACUUCCGUAUUUGUAGAGGACUUGGUCAUUUGUUACGGGUUCUACGACGCGGGUCCGGGAGUGGCCGGGCUGCCUAAACAGCAUCUAUGCUACGUUACUGUGACGAGGAACUUGGAGAACUGGAUGAGAGAUGUGCUUUCCCAAGGGCAGGACAUCUCUACAAAGAAGUUCAAUCGCGUGGUUCUGCCUGCUGCGCACGAUAUCGGGAUGAAUAACAUGGCGACGCCUAUGGCUUUGCUUGAGCAUGCGGGGACAGGCGUCAUAAAAGAAGUCCUGGGCCGCAACCUCCCGCAUGUCCUCGACAUUCUGAAUAAAGUCGGUGACGGGGCGGUGAAACGUAUCGCACCUGACAUCAUCCGCGCGCUGGCCAUCACGCAAAAAGACAGCCUCGAAAGCAUCCUCAAGAUUGGGGCGCGGUACUUUGAGUUCAGGCCUGCGAAAUGUCAUCGACAAUUGCAGAAGGUGAGUCCCCUGGAGGACACGUGGUAUUUCCAGCACGGGGCGAUCCCAGGCAUGAAGUAUACCGACUUGCUGCAAACGAUCGUCAAAUUUCUAGAUGAGCACAAGGAGGAAAUAGUAGUGGUGCAGAACAGGUGGGAUGGCGUACCUGGUGAUUGCCCGCGACCGAGCGGCGACGACCUGAGUAACGUUCUAAAAGAUGCGCUGCAAGGCAAGGACUUGCAAGUCGGGACUCAAGAUGAUAUGAUGGGGAAGAGCAUUCGCGACCUGCGCAACGAGAAAAAGCGCAUCAUCAUUUUGCAGAACGUCAAUCAGGUUUCUAACUAUGAUGACAAUGCCAAUGCUACGUUGAACGGAGACUCCAUGGUUAGUAAACUCAAUGACAUGUCGAAGAACCCACCGAAAGGACACCCGAUUACGCUUCUGCAGUGUCAGGCUACAGCAACAAAUAUUCGAGAUGUCAUCAUUGCGUCGGUGCUCGAUGCAGAUGUUAGUACGAGCCCAAUAUUGGCGACGAAGCCGGUGUGCGAUGCGAAGAUUUUGCCGUUGUUAAAGGGGGAGUGUGGGAAGUGUUUGACGAGGGAGGAGAGUGUUGUGGUGUUGCUGAACGACUUCUUUGAUGGAGCGACGGCCGAUGUGGCGAUUGAGCUGUGCAAGGAGAGGCUGAGAUAG